AUUUGAGGGCCUUAAGCAAAGUUCUCACCCUUGAGACAGCUCUGUCUACGUACCUACGAUAGUGGUUGCAUAGGAAUAUUAGGAAGUUGCCGGUCCAUAUUAGUGUUAAAGGUAAGAUAUAGGAGUAGUUCCCUAUAUAUCAUGGUAUAUAAUGUGACCCACCAUUUACUUUUCAUUGGCCUUCCAUUGCUAGCUCCUCACUUCUUUAAACUAUAAUAACUAUGUACCCUUUUUCUCAUCAAACAACUUAAACUCUCGUCAAAAAAUAGACUCUUCAAAAAGUGCAAAAAAGAAAUGGCAACAGAACUUGACAUUACAGAGCUCAGAUUGGGACUUCCAGGGGAAGUAAUUAACACUAGUUCAUUGGAGAAAAGUGAGAAGAAAAGGGUGUUCAAUAAGGAGAUGGAGAGUGAUCGAAGCAGCAGCAACGUUAAAGAUGAUGGUACACACAAGUGUAGAAACAAGAACCAAGUUGUUGGAUGGCCACCAGUUUGUGCUUAUCGUAGAAAGAAUAAUAACAACAAUAAUUAUAAUCGCCAAGGAUCAAAGAAAAUGUACGUGAAAGUUAGCAUGGAUGGUGCCCCUUUUCUUAGAAAAGUUGAUUUGAGCAGCCACAAGGACUAUUCUGAAUUUGUCAUGAAUCUUGAAAAGCUCUUCGACUUUUAUGGCAUUUGUGAAGCCUGGAAGGAUGCAAAGAGUAGUUCAGAGUACAUUCCCAUAUACCAAGACAAAGAUGGAGACUGGAUGCUUCUUGGUGACGUUCCCUGGCAGAUGUUUUGUGAAUCGUGCAAAAGGCUAAGGAUAAUGAAGAGAUCGGAUGCAAAAGUGAUAGGGCUUCGAACAAAAGACUUUCUCAAGAGAAUUAAUGUCCAAAGAUAAAUGAGGGUUUUUAAUUAGAAAUCUCUCAUAUAAUUAAUUAUGUUAAUGUUAUAAUACGUUGUAUCUUAUUCUGCACCAUAUAUAUAGUGUAUCUGUAAUUUCAUGUGUUCUAAGACAUAAUUAUAUCAUGAUUUCCCCUUCUAGCUAACGAUUUUAUGUUUGGUCAAUAAUUUUGUUAUGUAUAAUCAAGAUAACGUGCUUAAAGCUUGCAGCUAUAGCAUUAGCUUUUAUAUAUAGUACAUGUAAUUUUUUUCUUUUCUUCA